CCUACCAUAGCUCCAGGAACACGACUUUUUCAUAUGCAGGAUGGCGUCGAGCACUCCAUCACCUACCCAAUUAAUACACACGUACAGACACUUGUACAAGGCCCUGCUGCAUGCAGUCAGAUAUUCGAAACCUAGCCGCCAUGUUGUUCGAGACGAACUCCGUUGCGCCUUUCGAAAGUCUGAUCCAAGCGCAUACGAUGCAGGGAAAAUCGCCCGAACACUCGAGUUUAUUGAAGGCGCUGGCAGGGAAAAAGGCAUAGAACACCAGAUAUUGAAGAAUAUGUGUCACACGGAGAAUAUGAGAAGGUACAUCGCUGCGAUUGUGACGCAUAGGUCGAAAGGACUGGCUGGUGCCGCUAAAGCGAAGUCUUUCGAACAUUACAAUAGCACAAUUGCAAUGCUGAAUGAUAGCAUGGGCAUGUGUUUACCGGUUCACUGAAAUAAUGGAGCAUGGCCAGAUCCAUGAGAUACAGGGCGGUAGAAAGAGAACAUCACUGGACCAACCAAGUCCAACAAAAGCAGAGAACACCAUACUUGCUUGGACAGCAAACUCAAAAGGGCAGGAAAUGUGUCUAUAGUUUAGCCUGCUGUGUCAACCACUCACCACGGAUCCAGAGCCAAACAACUCAUCAGACACUGGCCGGAGAGAAACAAAAUUCUUCCCACGGGGUUAUACGACUAUAUUGGCAGAAGACCAGCAACUUGGCUAUAUCAUCUCUUCAAUUGGGGUGACCUGAGGAGGCGGCAUGGGCACCGUGAUCCUCAUCCAAGCGGUCAAGUUGAGAUGAAUACAUCCGGACGAUAACUGCAAUAUCUUAGGCAAUUGCCCCCGAGAAUAGCUCUACCGGGCGUCACAAACCAAUACUCUAAUGUAAGAUUUAAUAAAUGUAGAUUAUCAUAAUAUCAAAC